AAGAGAGAAGACGCGAAAGAUGUCCAUCGUGAAAACCACCGUGAAUCUCCAGAGGAUUGACUGGCUGCUGCCGAAAGGUGCAGUCAGUGUGCGGAUCGCCCCGGAAUACAUCCCCGGUCCAGUUGGCCGAGGACAAACCAGUUCCAGUGAUGCUGGCCGUCGGAAGAAGUGCCGCACCAGGCCGCCGGCAGCCAGCUCCCUGACCACGUCUGCCUCUCCUGGAUCUGCUGCCAUCCCGGUGGCAACCAGCAGGGGUCAGCAGGGCACAGGCCGCCGUAGAAAUACGGCGGGAGGCCGGUCAGGGCGAAGAAGGAGGUAUGACCAACAGAAGGGGUUAGAGCCUAAGCCCAGCUCAUCAACCUUCUCCUCCUCUUCAUUUUUAUUUCCGUCUUCAGCCCCCUCCUCUUUUGUUUCAUCCCCAUUUCUUUUUAUGGGCUCCUCUGUUUUAUUGCCACACUUAGUCACACCUGUAAGCCCAGCUCCACAUCCAUUUUCAGCUCCAGGCAUGGUUCAUCUGACCCCUCUGCUUCAGGCUCCAGCACAGGCUGUAGCCGCCUCAUCUCACCUGGAGAAAUUCUAUUGGUUGUAUAACUAUUAUGUAACAAAGUACUCUAAAAUGACCUAUGACGCCAAGUGCUUUACUGAGUACUGGUGUCAGGAGUUUUGGAACAGACAUUUAAAUGAAAUUAACUUAGCGAAACAGGGGAAGAAUGAGGAUAAUGAGGGUACUCAUUCAACCAAGAGGCGUAGGAUUGAUGAAGAUGAGUUCAUCUUUCCUAUUGAUGCACUGGAGCAGCUAAGUACCAUGCCCAGGGCUCAGGAGAUGGGUGUGGAGAUGGGCUAUCAGUCAGAUGCACAUAGCUACAUUUCCCUGUAGAUUCAGCACAUAAUUACACGAGAGUUGUCAUACAUACUUAGGAUAAGAUAAAAUUAGGAUAUGUUACCAUGUAGUUCUAUAGCAUAAGGUACUAUAGGAUAAGAUUAAGAUAGGAUAAGGUUAAGAUUGUAUAUAAUAAGAUAGGACAAGUUAAGAUAGUCUUAACUUGUAUGCCAUUUUAUGUUUUACAGACAUGAUAAAUUACCAUAAGUUUAGGAUAAGAUUAUAUAAGAUAACAUAGAAUAAAAUUAAGAUAGGAUAGGUUACGGUAAGCUUAAGAUUGUAUAACAUAGGAUUAGAUUAAUUAUAAAUAAAGCAGUCCUCCUUAGAGGGGGGGUGGUGGAGGGAAUAUUUAAAAAAUAAAAAUAGGGUUAGUUAACAUAAGGUUAAGAUAAGAUUGUAUAACAUAGGAUUAGAUUAAUUAUAAAUAAAGCAGUCCUCCUCAGAGGGGGGGUGGUGGAGGGAAUAUUUAAGAAAUAAAAAUAGGAUCAGUUAACAUAAGGUAAAGAUAAGAUUGUAUAACAUAGGAUUAGAUUAAUUAUAAAUAAAGCAGUCCUCCUUAGAGGGGGGGUGGUGGAGGGAAUAUUUAAGAAAUAAAAAUAGGAUUAAUUAAGAUAAGGUUAAGAUAAGAUUGUAUAACAUAGGAUUAGAUUAAUUGUAAAUAAAGCAGUCCUCCUUAGAGGGGGGUGGUGGAGGGAAUAUUUAAGAAAUAAAAAUAGGAUUAAUUCAGAAGGUUAAGAUAAGAUUGUAUAACAUAGGGCUACAGUGAAGAAAUCAAAAAUUUCAAGGCAGCAUGAAGGUAACGCACAAUCAGGGAUGUGCAAUUUCUGAGGCAUGUAUUCAAAAAAAGUAUUUUAAUUGUGUUUUAUGAUUCAUAUUUGACUUAGUUCAUGAAAUAAAAUGUUUUUUUCUACA